AUGAAAAAGGGCUUCCUGCUGAGGAGCACGGUUGUGGUGUUGCAUGAGCUGCCCUCAAGUGUCGACAUUAAAGCUGAUCAGAUCAUGCAGGCGAUCAUCCGGAAGGAAUUCCACGGUGUGACGGUCGUACCAUUAUCUCAGUGGAGUAUCGUCUGA